AUGGAAAAUGAAGCCUGCGGCCCCCGAUGCCCACGCAGUGCUUUCAGGUACGAUGUUCUCUUCUGCUGGCUCACCAGCACGAUGCGGAGAGCCAAGGGGAGAGUGGUGCAGACAACGGAUCUGUGCUCACCGCCCGACGCAGAUUUAAUUGCGGAGAUGAUGCCUGACCAAGUGCUGAUGGUGAGAGACGUACUGAGACGCGAGAGGUGCUCACUACUGCAAGCUGGAGUAGCCAUGCUGAUCUACUCCCUUUGUCAAACCGCUCUGCCAAUCAGCAUGCUGAUGGUCAUCCGCUGUGUGGAGAGUGACACUGGCGAGCUCCAGUGGCUGAGUGAAUGGACGACUGCAGACUCCAUGAUCUACUGGAUACUGGCAUAUGCCAUCUUCCAAGCGGGUGCAGCAGUCGCCAACCACUGGCAGCUUCAUGCUGCGUUUCAUGUGGGCCAACGUGUGCGUGCCCAGCUGAUCAUGCUUGUUUUCCAGAAGGCUCUCCGAGUAGAUCCUCAGAGAAGGCCGUCUGUUGGCCACACCUUGACUUUGAUGGCAUCUGAUGCACAGAAAUUCUUGGAGGCCAUGCCUUUCAUCCACAAGUUGUGGGGAUCACCGCUUCAAAUCGCUCUGGCCAGCGCCAUUCUCGUGUCCACGAUCUCAGCCAGUGCGCUGUGCGGCAUUGUGGUGCUCAUCGCUGUGGUCCCCAUCUCCAAAAACCUAGGUAAACUCCUGCAGAGGUCUCGACAACGGCAUCUUCAGUUCACGGAUCAGCGAGUCCGGAUGUGCGUGGAGCUGUUGGAAGGGAUACGCUGCAUUAAGUUCUUCGCUUGGGAAAGGCCUUACUUGGAACGUGUCUUCCAGAAGCGCCAGCAGGAGCUGUAUUGGGCCAUGCGAGAGUCGUUGGUAUACGGCGUGUCCAUGCUGGUCACGGUGUUGGCGCCAUUAUUAGCGUUCGCAACCACACUUGUGGCUUUUGCGCUGCUGGGCGAGGGCUCUUUUUCUGCUACCCGCCUCUUUGGCACGUUGGCGCUGCUGAACGCUCUGCGAUUUCCAAUCAUGGACUUGGGUUCCAUACUCGCGUCUAUAGUGGCUCUUCACACGGGAUGGCAACGCAUCCAGCACUUCCUAGAUCUCGCCGAGGCAGGCAUUCCGGUGGCCAAGCUCGAAGACGAUGUGGAGUUGAAGAUGGAGAAAUGCACGUUUUCUUGCAAUGCUGACGGAGAGGAAUGCUUUCAGCUAUCUCUCGACGCCACACUGACACUGAGACGUGGUGAUCUUUUUCUGGUUCUAGGCAAAGUUGGCAGUGGCAAAUCCACCUUGCUUCAAGGAAUCCUGGGGGAAACUCACUGUUCGUCGGGACUUCUAUCGGUGAGCGAUGGUAUUGCUUACUGCGCCCAGCAGCCAUGGAUUCGGAACGAGACCCUGAUGGACAAUAUUCUCUUUGGGGAGGAGCUGGACACGGAAUGGUACGACCAGGUUCUUGCCGCCUGCGGGCUGGGUCCGGACCUGAAGCAGCUGCCAUACGGAGACCAGACUGAAAUCGGAGAGAGGGGUGUGACCAUCAGUGGUGGUCAAAAGCAGCGAGUCGCACUGGCUCGUGCUGUUUAUCAGCGCAAAUGCUCGAUGGUAAUUCUAGAUGAUGUUUUUUCAGCUCUGGAUGCGCACACAUCAAGCCACAUCAUCAAGGCCCUUUUCCAUGGACAGAAGGGGCUCCUGCGGGAUCGUGCUGUUCUUCUGGCAUCGCAUCAGACAGCAUGCGCUUUGCAAGCCCAGCGAGUUCUGCUGCUAGGCCAGAAGGAUGCCUCCAUACCACACUCCUCGCUUCUCUUUGAGGGGGAUUGGCUGGAUCUCUGCAAACAGCCACACCUACUGUCGCUGCUUGGCCAUGUUCCCUCGGAUGAUACGGCGGCCAAGAAGGACAUGCAGACAGAGGAGGAGGAGGAAGAGAAUGAGGAUGCCGAGGAGGAGGCGCGACACAGGUCCACAACAGCGUUAGCCACAGCUCAGACUCCAAUGCCGAAGAGCAUGAUGAGGUCAGAGGAGCACACUGACAGGAUAUCCUGGCGUUCUGUCAAGGCUUACUGCCGAUGCUGUGGAGGCUUCCCUUGGGUUGCUUCCUUCUUCGCCAGCUCCGUUGCCGAGCGGAUUGCGCUGAUCUUUCUGGAUUGGUGGCUGGCCAGGUGGGCUGAAGAGGACUCUGCAGAUGAGAGGUCCACGUACUUUGCAGUGUACUUUGCCACGGUGCUGCUGGUGAUGUUUAUCGUGUCCUUCGGGCGUCUGGUGUUUGCCAUGGCCACGGUUAAUGCAGGGCGCCGACUCUUUAAGCAGCUGGCCUUGAGUGUGCUUCGGGCGCCCAUGUGGUGGUGGGAUACGACCCCGCUGGGGAGGGUCCUGAAUCGCUUCAGCUUCGACACAGAGAACACGGACACCACCCUAGUCACCAAGCUCUUCCCGGCACUACAGUCCAUGAGCUGGUGUUUGGGCGCCUUGGCCGUCAUGGCCGGCACACUGUGGCCGUAUUCCUUACUGAUUAUCCCACUCCCAGUAUUCAUCUACACCAUCCUCUUCCAAUUCGCUCGGAAGUCCAUCCGACAGUUCCAGCAACUGGACAGCGUCUCCCGCAGUCCGAUCCAAUCCCUCUACUCCGAGGCCUUGCAGGGCAUCGUCAGCGUCCGCGCCUUCGCCUCCGAGGUCCGCUACAAGGAGCGCCUGGCAAGUUUCGUGGACAGCAACUCGGCGGCGGUGCUGACUUUCAACACCUCCAGCCGUUGGCUCGGAGUCCGCGUGGAGCUCUUGGCUGCAUUGACGGCUGGACUGGUUGGCUUGGGCUGCUGGCUGUUGCGUGAAGAGAUCACCGCUGGUUUGGUUGGCUUGUGUUUCAUUUGGACAACAAAUCUCUCGACAUCUCUGGGCUUCAACUGCAUCUUCUCAAGCCAGGCAGAGGCUGUCUUCACUUCUGUUGAGCGAAUGGUCGAAUAUGCGUCAGAUGUUCCUUGCGAAGGCAAGCAUCAGGGACUCGACAGCUGGCAUGGAACGACAGCUCCUGAAGGCGAAGAGAUGCGGCCCAUUAGCGCUUGCCAGACCGAUCCCCCUCUUCUGAUCUUUGAGAACGUUGCACUGCGCUACCAGCCAAAGUUGCCGUUGGCAUUGGAUUCGAUUUCUUUCGAAGUAGCGGCAGCCGAACGGUUUGCUGUUGUCGGGCGCACCGGCUCAGGCAAAUCGACGCUAGCUGUGGCUUUGUUUCGGCUUUCGCCGGUGGAGGGAGGAUCCAUCCGCCUGAACGGAGUAGACCUUGGAGCUCUGCCGCUCGACGUGGCCAGGAAGUCGAUUGGCAUCAUCACGCAAGAUCCUGUCAUCUUCAGUGGGACUGUGCAAUACAAUCUGGAUCCCUUCGAGGAGUUUGACAAGUCGGAUUGUGCAGAAGCGCUCUUGCAAGCUCAGCUGGCAGAAACAGUGGAACUGGAAACCGAGAUAGAACAGGCUGGUUCGAACCUGUCCAUUGGUGAACGGCAGCUUCUGUGCCUUGCGCGUGCUUUGCUUCGCAAGCCGCAGCUCCUGGUGUGCGACGAGGCGACGUCGUCCGUGGAUGCGGCGACCGAUGUCCAGGUCCAAUCGUGCCUGCGAAAGGCAGCCGGCAAUGGCACUGCCUUGCUCACAAUCGCACACCGCUUAGCGACCGUUGCAGACUAUGACAAAGUCAUGGUUUUACAAGCGGGCAGGCUUUUGGAGCUGGGAAGCCCGGCGGCUCUGCUUGAGGACUCAGCCUCCGCCUUCUCUCUCUUGGUCGACUCUCUCGGCCACGAAGCCACGGCUGUGCGCAGAGCUGCCACCAGAGCAGCACCUGCGCGCCUUUCGUUGUGA